UUUUUGGAAAUUGUACCCAACAAGUGCUCCAGUUGAGGGGUUGGCACUGUGAAUCACCAUUAGCCCUCGCUUCUCCUUUCGACGAUUCCUCGUGAUCUCUCUCUCCCGCGAUCAUAAAGCUUUUGUAGUCCUUUGACUUUCACCAGUAAUCGGUGUAAAUUAGGAUCGAAAAGCCUUGUUCAAGAUUCAUGUCUGUUCCUAAGGAGGAAGACUUGUCGCCAGAUUCCCAGCUUUCAUCUCACUUUUUCUUGGAUCUCCUUGAUUCAAUCAUAGUUGAUGUGGCAUCAGAGUGUCACAGAGUGGCAAGGCUUGGACUUGAUUCCAAUUUGGAAGAAGAAGAUGAAGAAUUGAAGCUGUCAUCACAAGCCAGGGUUAGGGUGGCUGAUCCUAGUAAUAGUAAUGAAGCAAAUGGCAAGUAUGUGGUUGACAUAUUCGGACAAACCCAUCCUCCUGUUGCAAAUGAAAUAUUUCAGUGCAUGAAUUGUGGUCGAUCUAUCAUGGCUGGGAGAUUUGCUCCUCAUUUGGAAAAGUGCAUGGGGAAGGGUAGGAAGGCUCGUCUGAAAGUAACAAGGAGCAGCACAGUUGCACAGAACCGGUAUUCACGAAGCAGUCCUGUUUCUGCACACUCACCAUAUUCAAAUUCAAAUUAUUCUACGAACAAUAUGAACCGGUUGCCAAAUGGAACCUCCAAUGUUGCAGGUGAGGAGCACUCAAAUGGAACACUGGAGUCAUGAUGAACUAGUUCAUGUGUGAUGGCCAUAGCAGCAUGCAGGGUUUAUGUCACACCUUCAACCUCUUUCUCUGGGAGAUUAUAGCUGAGUUCAAUUUUAUGUGUUUCAAAAUAAUGUUUCAAACAAUUUUAUAACAGUUUUCUUCAUGCUCUGUACCUUCUUUACAAAGUAGCUUUACUUUUCAGUGAGUUUCCAAUGUAAUUUAUUUAUAAUUUUACCAUAUAUUUUGUGCAACUAUGUACUCUCACUCAUGGAUAAGGUGUUGAGAAAAUCUUGAGAUGAAUAUCAUGAGAGUUUAUACA